CGCUAUUCGAUUCCUCAUCCUCCUUCGAGCGGUCGAAGAAUCAAGAGAUCGGAACAGUCGUUAGACACUCGUUGUGCCAGACUGUCUUUCGUGUGAAAGUCUGUUUACAAGUUUUGAAGAUAAUUAUCCUGCAGUUCUACUCUUCAGAAGGCAGAGAAAACUUUCGCUGAGAUGUUUGGAAAAACGACGCUUGUAUUCACGACUGUUCUGUGUUUGAUCGCCCUGGGGGAUUCCACGGAUGUUAAGCAAUGCGCAAAUGGUGGAGGAAACACCAUCAAGUCCACUGUGAUAACUGAGUGUGAUGAGCCACCAUGCGAAUUGAAACGAGGUACUAGGGUAGAGAUUGAACAGAAAUUUGUACCAGAUAGGGAUGUUAAAUCACUCAAGACUUCUGUCCAUGCAACAAUACUCGGAUUACCUCUACCAUUUGUCGGAGUUGAUGGGAGUGAUGCAUGCAACCAUGUUUACGAUGCCCAGGGAAAUGUUGCUGGGUGUCCACUGAAAGCAGGCACUGAGUAUCAUUACAAGAAUGGAUUUCCUGUUCGGAAAAUUUAUCCCAAGGUUUCUCUGGACGUCUACUGGGCGCUGGUUGAAGAUGGCAAUCCCAUCACUUGCUUUGAAGUCCCAUCGAAAAUCAUUGAUUAAAAAUAUUUUUGUAUUUUUCCCAUUUCUUUAAUUAUGAAGCUCCAAUUAUUUGGAAUACUUCAAAAAUAAAGUACAUUUUUUUACUCUUAGAGCAGUGAUCCAGUGUUUGGAACUUCUUGUUCGUCUAGUCGAUCAAUCUCUUCUUGACAAGUGGUGCCACCUUUAAGUGAAUUUCGUAACUUUCUCACCUCACGAAUCUGAGUUAUGAACACGUAUUUAUCAUUGUGACACGAAACAACAGACGUUGGGAUGAUCAUAGGAUAAUGCUGUAAUUUUCCACUCUUACAUAUUUGUUUGAACAUAAUCAUUCUUCCGAUUUAAUGAUAUCACAGAAAUAAUGGUAUCUACAUCCGUAAUUUAGUGGAUGAUGUGGAUACAUAAUAUUCUCUUGGAAAAUUUGUAGGUUAUAUGAUUUUUGUUCGCUUUUGUAUUUUUUCUUUCAAUUACAUCCGCAAAUAUUGGAAAAUUCUCGCGAAUUAUUCUAUGUUAAUAGACUGAUGAAUUAAAAAUGUGUGCAAUCACAUCUUGCAUUGAAGCGAUCUUGAUUAAUUACUGCGUUUAUUUACUUCCGGUCAAAUUAUUGAAAGGAUUUUAAUAAUUUUUUUGUCGAUCGCUGUGAUAAUUAGUCAUAGGAUGCGAAUAGAAAUUGUUGUGGUAGUUGAGAUUGAUGAUUAUUUUCGGAUUUGUUUUGUCCAGCUAAGUUAAUAAUUUUAUUUACUUCAUUGAUAUUCAUCUGAGUAUUUCAAUUAUUUUUAAAGAUACUUUUAAAUGUCAAAGUAAAUUGAAUAGUUUAAUAUUCUAUCGAAUGAUCCUCAUUCAUGUCAUUGUAGUCCCAUUUUUACGAACAUUCAUUUGCCAACUCUUGAUUGAAUUUGGGUGAUAUUUUAAAUAAAUAAAUUAAAUGAUCAA